UUUCGUUAUCAGAAACUCACCAAUGCCCCUUCCUGCUGUGUCGACAAGAGAGAUCUGAGUUGACGUAAGGCGGUAUAACGAACUUACCGUCACUACGAACAUAAGACUAUUGAUAAUACCACGAUGCUCCGCCAUCAAAUAAACCCAUUAUCAUGGGCCGACACUUUCCUCCGGGCUCUCAUCCCGAGCUUCAUAGCCGACGCCAUCUUCUCCGAUCAUAGGAAACCGACCCGACUGCACCCAACCUCGUAUCUCGACGGCCUGCGUGGCAUAGCCUCCGUAAUCGUCUUCUUCUGCCACUACACCGAGGACAACUACAACUCUCUAACACGCUCCUACAACAUCGCCGACAAUGACCACCCAGAAACGGCCACGACAGGAUGGAUCCAGCUCCCGUUUCUACGCAUCAUCUUCUCCGGGCGGCCCAUGGUGCACAUCUUCUUCGUCAUCUCCGGCUUCGUGCUCUCGUACAAACCCAUCAAGGCCAUCCACGCCCGCGACCUCGACAAAUGCUACACUGCUCUCAGCUCGUCCACCUUCCGCCGAGCCUUUCGGCUCUUCGGCCCCUGCGUGGCCUCGACCUUCAUGAUCAUGUGUCUGCAGCAGAUGGACCUCUACCCGUUCCGGAACCCGCGCGCCACGUGGACCGAGCAGUUGAUGACCUGGAAGCGCGUCGUCUUCACGCAGAUCACCUGGCCGUGGGCCUGGGACAAGGACAUGAUGCCCGGCUACGACAUCCACCUGUGGACGAUCCCCAUUGAGUUUGCGCACUCAAUGCUGCUGUUCAUGGUGAUCCUCAUGCUGGCGCGCACCAAGCUGCGCAUCAGGCAGAUGGCGGUUUUGGGCUUGAUGGGGUACUGCCUCAGCUGCGGCAAGUGGGCCGGGUUUGAGUUCCUGGCUGGCUUGUUCCUCGCGGAGGUGCAUGUGCUCAAGAGCGCGAGGGAGCAGCAAUCCAAGGAGUGGGAGUCGGUGGCGCAGGAGGAGGAUGAUGAUGAUUUGAACAAGUACGGCCAUCGGGAGGUCAGGCAGGGCGGCGGGCUUGUUAGUCUGUCGACGCUGAAGACCGUGUUUUGCAUCUCGCUUGUCAUUCUGGGACUGUUUGUCGGCGGCUGGCCAAACCACUAUGCGGACAAGACGCCAGGGAUCCGGUGGUUCUUUGCAAAGACGCCUAUGCCGUUUGCAAAGAUGGACCAUCUCGCCCCGCAAAAGUUCUGGUUCGGUCUUUGCGCGGUAGGAACUGUCUGGGCUGUCGGAGAGCUUCCGCUCCUCAAACGGUUCUUCGAAGGUUCGCUUGCGCAGUACUGUGGACGCAUCAGCUAUGCGAUCUACAUCUGCCAUGGACCGGUUCUAGGACUCUUCCAAACCUAUGUCUUUGGCAGCCCGUUUGUGCCUGCUCAGGGCGAACCUGGCCAGGAUGGUUACAAGGUGGCUGUUGAGGCGCACGGGAUCAAGGGGAUGAUGGGCAUGGAGAAUACGACGCAGAAAACGAUGGGCUGGUUUUUGGGAUUGUGUGUGCUUGGGCCCGUUGUUGUGUGGGCGGCUGAUGUCUUCAUGAGAGCGAUUGACGAGCCUAUCGUUCGGAUAGCAAGGAAGAUGGAAAACGUUUGUUUGGACAGGGAAGCUCAGCCGGAUCAGCGACCGGGCGGGAGACGACUGGAGCCGGGAUAUUCGCAGGCUGCAUGAAGUGCUGGAUGUUUUGUAUAGCCAUGUUUUGAGUGUGUUCUCUGUCGGUCAGGGCGGUCUUUUGGAAAGCGUCGUGAUGAUGUAGAUGGCGUUCCGGUGACAUUCGGAAAUUAGGGGUUCAGACAGGAUCUGAUAUCUACCCUUAGAGCAUUGAUAUGGGAAUAUUUGUCACUAAUACCAACAUGAUUACUUUCACCUAUAUAUUGCUCUUUGGAAACGAUCAUCCCUUGCCCGUCUGUUGCGGUAUGGUUCAACUCGACUGUCAAAAGUUCAACAGGGGCCGCAAUGCAUGUUGGAUAUGAUGAGUCACUGACCAUGAGUGGUCUACAAGUAUGACUCUUUCAAUGAUUGGCGAACUGCGUAAGAAGUGGCUUCAGA